AUGACAUAUCCGACUGGUCCAUAUUCUGCUCCAUACAUGGUUGCUGUUGCUGAUUUCAACAACGAUCAUUGGCUUGAUAUUGCUGUUGCACAUUUUGGUACCAACAGCAUAGGUAUAUUCUUGGGAAUUGGAAACAGCUCUUUUGACAAUCAAAAAGUAAUUUCAACUGCAUUAUGUCAUCCACUCUGGAUACAUGUAUCUGAUCUCAAUAAUGAUACAUUACUUGAUCUUGUCACCACUAAUUAUGGCACUCAGAGUAUUAGUAUAUUCUUUGGCAACGGAAAUGGAAGCUUUUCACAUCCGAUAACAUAUUCAACAGGCUAUGAUUCUUUAUCAUUCUCAGUCAUCACUGGAGAUUUCAACAAUGACGAUCAGUUGGAUCUUGCAGUCGCCAAUUAUGGUACAAGUACUGUUGAUAUACUUCUUGCAAAUCGUAGCGAUAAUUUUGUAUAUCAUAAGAAAUUUUCAACUGGUAUCAACUCUCAUCCAUACUCGAUUGCCGUUGGCCAUUUUAAUGGCGAUAAUCUACUGGAUAUCGCUGUCGCUAACUAUGGAACGAACAAUGUAGGUGUAUUUCUAGGUAAGGGUAAUGGAAAUUUUGCAAGUCAAACCACAUAUUCACUUGGUAUUGCCUCUCCAUAUUCCAUUGGUGUUGGUGACUUCAACCAAGAUAAUCGGCAUUCGAAUUCAUCACCAGCAUCCCAGAAAUUACCUGAUUGA